GCGCCGCCAUGGAGGGCGGGGAGGAGCCGCGGGGUCCCCAGGGGGACGGGGACGGACCCGGAGAGCCCCGGGCAGCCCCGCCGACUCCCCCCGGUGACCCCCCCGGCGGCUUCAUCAACCUCCUGGGCCUCCUGGAGACCACCGCCCCGGCCCACCGCUCCAAACCCUACCGCUGCACCGAGUGCGGGAGGACCUUCGGCCAGAGCUCCAACCUCCUGGAGCACCAGCGCACCCACACGGGCGAGAGGCCCUUCUCCUGCCCCCGCUGCCCCAAGAGCUUCGGCAGGAGCUCCACCUUGGCCGAGCACCUCCGCACCCACACCGGCGAGAAGCCCUUCUCCUGCCCCACCUGCCCCAGGACCUUCAGCCGCAGCUCCACCUUGACCGAACACCUCCGCACCCACACCGGCGAGACCCCCUUCUCCUGCCCCGAGUGCGGCAGGACCUUCGGCAGGACCUCCAACCUGGUCAAGCACCUCCGCACCCACACCGGCGAGAAGCCCUACGCCUGCCCCCGCUGCGGCAAGACCUUCAGCCUCAGCUCCAACCUGGUCAAGCACGAGAGGACCCACACGGGCGAGAAGCCCUUCCCCUGCCCCCGCUGCCCCAAGCGCUUCAAGAAGAAGACCCACCUGGCCUCCCACCAGCGCACCCACACCGGCGAGCGGCCCUACCGCUGCGGGGACUGCGGGAAGGCCUUCGGCCAGAGCUCCACCCUCAUCGAGCACCAGCGCACCCACACCGGCGAGCGGCCCUUCCGCUGCGGCGCCUGCGGCAAGAGCUUCUGCGUCUCCUCCAACCUGGUCAAGCACCGGCGCAUCCACACCGGGGAGAAGCCCUACGGCUGCCACCGCUGCGGGAAGAGCUUCCGCUACAAGCCCCAGUUCACCCGGCACCUCAAGGGGCACCCCGAGGAGGAGGAGGAGGGCUGCGGGUCCUAGGAGGUGGCCCGGCCGCGCCGAGGAACCCGAGGAACCUCGUGGAGGGGCGGGAUGGUGGCCGCCAAAAGCGUGGUAGAACCUCAGAUGGGGUUACAGUAGAGAGGCGGAGGUGGGUUGUGGGCUUGGGAGGUCGGGAUGGGUGCCAGGACCUCAGCGGGGUGGUCCACCAUGAUGGUGUCCAGCUAGGAACCCAAG